AUGAGCUCCAACAAGGCUUUGAUCUUCAAACAGAUCCCCCAAGGAUAUCCUGUUCCUGGGGAAGAUCUGACCAUCCAGCCAGCUUUAUACGAUAAGGAUAUCGCUCCCGUUGAGAACGGUAUCGUUGUACAGUCUUUAUAUGCUAGUUUCGACCCUUACAUGCGGGGUCGCAUGAGACCUGCCGACGCGACAUCGUAUAUUCCGGCAUUUGAGCUGGAUAAACCAAUUGACAGCUUUGGUAUCGCUAAGGUACUCCGCUCUAAUAAUGCUGCCUACAAAGAGGGUGACAUUGUCAUUGGCCAGAUCCCAAUCCAAGAGGUUGUUUCGCUGAAUGAAGACUCGAUUGCCAAAGUCCGCCUCCUCCAAAACCCCAUGAGGAUUGACCUGAGCGUUUUCCUGGGCGCCUUGGGUGAAACGAUCUUUAUCUCCUCUGCCAGUGGCGCUGUAGGUCAAGUUGUUGGCCAGCUCGCGAAGCAUGAGGGCUUGAAAGUCAUUGGUAGUGUGGGCUCGGAUGAGAAAUUGGAUUUUAUCUUGAAUGAGCUUGGAUUCGAUGGUGGCUUCAACUAUAAGAAAGAGACGCCCACGAGUGCCCUUGCUCGACUUGCUCCCCAGGGAUUGGAUAUCUACUAUGAAAAUGUCGGAGGCGAACAUCUUGAGGCGGCCAUUGACGCCUUGAAUCAGUUCGGCCGCAUCGUUGCCUGUGGUAUGAUUUCUGAGUACAACAGUGCUCCACACCCGAUCAAGAAUCUGUACAAGGUUGUGGCCAAGAGUCUUGAGAUGCGCGGGUUUAUUGUCAUAAACCCCGGCUUUGCCGAUGCGUACAUGGAGGAACACCAGAAGAAGGUACAGAAGUGGAUUAGCGAAGGGACAUUCAAGGCUCUGACCCAUGAGACUGUCGGUAUCGAGAACGCAGCCGAGGGUCUGGUGGGUAUUUUCUAUGGCAGGAACAAAGGUAAAGCUGUCUUGAAGUUUUAA